ACACAACGGUCGUAAACCGUCACAAAUGAAUAAAGAAUGCCUCUGUGAAAUUGAAUAAAACAUAAAACAAUGUCAAUGGAAGACUGCGCCAUAAAAUUGUGAAUUAUUCGGAAUCCGUCAAUUGUUAGAUCGAUACUACGGGACAAUAUUUUGAUUUUAGGGUAUUGGUGGACGCCGGUCAAUUCGAUAAUUAUGGAUCGGAAUCCCCUAUCUGAGGUUCUUAACACUAUCCGAGUCAAAGACACAAUGGCUAGCAUGGAUGAUAGACCGAGGUUCAAACGAGUGUUUGGGACGGACAUCGACCCAGAAUAUUCAAGAGACAAUGAGUGGAAGGAACUUAUGUCGAGGCAAAAGAUAAAACAGCGCUUAAAAGCGGCACGUGAUCGCCGGAAAUCAAAGCUCCUGGACAUGGAGAAAAAGCUAGCGAGUGAUCACGAAGUAGCAGAAGGAUCACUUCCGCCGGAAUCGGUUAAAAGAGGUUCUAAUAAGGCCGAACUGCUAGCGGAGUACAAUUCAAUGAAAGGAAAAUCGGUAAACUUAAAACCAAGCCCAGAACACCAAGAAGACAAAAUCCUUAGCAAAAUUAAUACUGAUUCUAUGCUGAAAGAACCAGAAAAUCAUCAUUUUAGCCCUCAAGAAAAAGAAAACGAAAAUGAUGAAAAAAGCAGACAUAUUGCCGCACAACCUGCUAGUCCUGAAGAUAACUCAAGAGCUACAAUUGUUGUUUCGGCUAUCAUAGAGAAUAAAAUGACAGAUAUGGACGAAAACAAACAUAAUUCACGUUAUAGUAAUUCUAUUGAGGGAGCAGGAUAUACACCGGAAGUGAACGAAGAAAACGAUAACAACAAAGAAACGGGCGACGUGCAUCAGGAUUCCUCAGACGGAAGUGAAGAAUUGGAGGAAAGGAAGGAAUAUACUGCUGGAGACAUAGAGGAGGAAACAAAGGAAAAAUCCAAACCGCUGCCAAAACAAAGAAAAAAGAAAAUAAAACAAAAGAAAAAAGUAAAAGCUAAACCGACAACGAAAGAAAAAACGGUAAACAUGAAAUUAACAAACCAAAAAGAGAAGAAGGGUGAUUUAAAUGCAAUAAAUGAAGACGUAAACGAACCGAAUGAAAACGAGCAGACCAGCAGCCAUGAGAAUAAUAAAAAGGCUUCCACCAAGUGGAAAAAAUCAGCAAUGAAAGUUUUGCCAUGGAACGAUAUGUGUUCUAAACUCCGACAACGUAUUGAAGAGGAAAAUGAAAAACAGAUGGAUUUUCUAGAGACGAUACGAAUUCUGAGAGGCAUCUCAAAAAACGAAUUCUACAAGGAUAUUGAAUUGGACUCGGCUGAUUCUGAGACCGAACAAUUGCUAAAAGAGGACCCGGAUCCAGUGCCAGAGUCCCAAUCUCCACCGCCUCCACAUUCCCAAACUCCACCUUCUCCAAUCAAAGAGAGCGAAAACAAGACCGAAGUUGAAGAGACUUCAAAGGACGAAGAGUUGACAAAAGAAGAUACGUUUACAACCGAGGUAAAACCAGAACUUCCUGUGGUUGUUAUCGAGAAAAAAGAUGAAGAAUUGGAGCAUAAACCACAAAAGAAAGGGAUCGUUUCGAGGAUAGACACUCGAUGGCCUGUUGGUCACAAGUUCCAUACAAAACCAGCUGAACAGAAAUAUUUGUCGUUUUACUUAAAACCUAUUCAUCAUAAGCUUUCAAAAAAUAAGAUUAAUAUACACACUCUGCCUAGAACGGCUAAAGAGAUAACAGAAUAUCUGCAGUGGAGAGAAAAACUACUAGAAAUUGCUUACCUAAAUGAAUUUAGUCAUCUACGUAAGUUUAGCUUGCUUAGCUUUGCUAUGCCAUUACCUGGCAUUGAUCAAGAUUCUUUUUCCCCUCACCCUGUGCAAAGUAAAAAGAGAUCCCUUUCUCAAUCAACGAGUAGGAGCUCAAUACACAACGAACAAAAAAUAACAUUUCAACAGCAGUCUUACAUAGCUUUUAAUAAAAGGAAUGGGACAGAUCACACGAGUACACCACGUUCCCAACACAAGAACAAAGAGAAAAAGAAGACGCGAAAUAAAGACAAUGAGUGUCUGAAUCCGUAUCUGACUUCUCACAGCUUUAGAAAGAAGAAACAUAAUCAUCAUUGUAAGAAGGAGAAAAUAUCAGACAAAGGGGAACAGGACCAAGGCAUCCACUAUGCUUCGCCUGUAGAAAAUGAAUUAGAGACUCUAAUGUCAAGAAUGAAUGAAGAUUCGAAGCGAAGUAGGAACGAUACCGGGGUCAAAAGUCAGAGUACAGAUAGUGCAAUCAACGAACCGAGUUAUAAUAGUGACGAUUAUGAAAGUGAUGUCAUCAGGACUCAUACAAGAAAUUCCUCAGUCGGGAAAGACCAGGGAAAAGAGGAUCUAGGAGAUCGCAUUCCUAAGGAGCAAGAAUUGUCUAGGAAAGAAAAGAGCACAAGUCAACAUAAAAAGGCGAGCACCUGA